AUGUCUGACUGGGAGAGCACCACCAAGAUUGGCAGCAAGUUCCGCGGAGCUGGCGCUGCCCCCCGCGAGACCGUCAUCAAGGGCAAGGCCGCUUUGAACGCCGCCCAACGCUCCGGCGGUGUCAUUGACACCAGCAAGAAGUACACCACUGGAAACACCGGUGCUAAGGCAGGCGCCCCCGAAGGCCAGCACCUCACCAAGGUCGAUCGCAGCGACGACAUCAUCAAGCCCAAGACCGUCGGCCUGGCCGUCGCAGACGCCAUCAAGAAGCGCCGCACCGAGGAGGGCUACAAGAUGACCCAGAAGGAACUCGCCACCAAGUGCAACACCACCCCGACCAUCGUCCAGGACUUCGAGCGUGGCACCGCCACCCCCGAUCAGAAGGUCCUCGCUUCCAUGGAGCGUGUCCUUAACAUCAAGCUCCGUGGUACCGACAUUGGUGCUGAGAAGUUCCCUAAGAAGAAAUAG